CAACUCAUUUUAGCAGCCUGUUGUUUGUGUCGGUCAAUUUCAGCGUCGUGCUUGUGUUAUUUUUCUUGUUAUAAAAGCAACUUUAUGUAAUUAAUACAAAUGCGUGGCUUAAUCAUUGUGCCCAUGGACUUGGAGCCUGGCUUCCGUAAAGCAGACAUACACAGCUUACCCACGCUCACCAGCGGCAUGGUCUUUAACUUUUUCGCAACAGCCACAGACAACAAAAUAUCCUCGGAGAGCAACGAUUUGCUAAUAGACUAUGUGCACCUUCGCCGGCAGGGCGAGCUAUGCGAAUUAAAAGCUCUGGUCUUCUCCGCCGCAGACUUUGCCAAUACGGAAACACAUGCCAAUGUGGCCAUCAAGGUACUGGACCAUGAAAAUUCCCUUACAGAUGGCCAGUGCAGCCUGUGCUCCGGAGUAGCUGUGUGUCCGCAUGUCGUUGCCUUUGUAUUUUGGCUGCACAACAAGAGCACAGAUAAAAAGCCCACAGCUCUGUUGGAAUUCUGGGGCAAUGAGCUGGAGGCGCUUGUUCAACCGGAGCCCACAAGGGCAGUACGCAUAAAGGAUAUGGUGCCCCUGCGAGAGUUACACACCGAGGUGGAUGAUGAGGCGUCGAGCCCCAGCGAGGGCGACGAACGUGCAUUUCUGACAUCUGUGCUGGAGGAGCUUGCCAUUUGUGGACGUGAUUCGGCGCUGUACCGUCAAUGCGUGGAAACCACCGAUGAAUUCGAGUCCAUACUGAUACACCAUAUGCUGUUGAAAGCAGCGGAAUAUAACAUAUACGAUGUGCACAGUUUUCUGCAGCACUUGGAGCUGCAGGCGCAGAGCGGUCUCUUCGAAAGUCUCAGCGAGGUGACCAAAAGGCAGUACAAGUCAAAGCUGUGGAUAGAGGCGCAGUAUAUGCGCAUACGCUGCUCGAUGAUGCACAUGAUUGCCACACGCAAAACGCAGGAGGAGGACGAACAAAUCUUUAAUAUGCUCUUUUGCAAGGGACGCGACGAAGACAUUGAGGAUCGUGUGCAGCAGAAACAGCACAAACGUUUCAUACUGAAACAGACCGAAAAACUGGAAAACAAGGAGUAUCUGGAAUGUGGUCUGUUGCUCCACGAAAACUAUCCCUAUUUGUGUGGUGCCCCAGAUGGUAUUACGGAUGAUCACAUCGUCGAAAUCAAAUCACCAAAGACUGAGGAGGACUUUGAGAAAUAUCUCGAGGCACGCGAAUCCAUUGCGCCCAAGUAUAUGGCCCAGAUACAGACACAAAUGUUUCUGGCCAACGUAAAGAAGGCGCUCUACUGUGUGCUCAGUCCCACAUUCGAAACGAACGGCGCUCUUCACUACGUUUGGGUGCAAGCCGAUCCCGAGUUUGUCGCCAGCCUGCUGGGCAUGGCCGAUGAAUUUUGGAAAGAUGUAGUCUAUCCGCGUCUCGUCAGCAUUUAUCCACAAGCAUUGUGAACGUCAAUCGGACAAUAAACACACACAGCUACAACUAGUCAAUAGAUAUAAAGCAUAA